AUGGACUACUAUACGGAGCCAAUCAAAUCCACCACGAAGGUCUCCAUCAUGCUAGAGAAGCCCGAUGAUUGGUGGAUAUGGGACUCCCAUAUAAUCGGCCUAGCUCGAACCCGUGGAGUGCUCGAUAUACUCCAGGGAGAGAGGCCUUACCCCGUUCCGCCAAUUCGACCGAUUCAUCCAACGAUUUUAGCCAAUCAGCAGGCGAGAUCGGCCCCUGCGGAAUCCCAGUCGGCCUCAGAGAGGCCCCAAGCGAUGGAAGUGAGCCAAUCAGAUGGCUCAUCGACUGCUGCAGCCGCCCUGGCUCCAGCAAAACCAACCGAUAUCGAAUUGGCGAUAUAUACCGAAGAAUUGGCGAUCUAUAAGGAAGAUAAAGAGCAAUAUCGACUAGAUCAUCAAGGCCUCGCGGCUAUCUGGACUACCAUGGAGCAAACGGUAGCCAGAGAGCAUCUCCAGCGGCUAACCAGCCAAUCAGACAACGAGGUUGAGCGAUAUCGAAAGCUCAAAGCCGACCUGAAGCCUUCGGAAUCACUAGCGAUUUCUAUGGCCAAUGGAAAAUCAAUGAAGGUCUGA